GGGGGCGUGGCCCCAGCCGGGGCGGGGCUUCGAUUGGUUCUUCUGCCCGCAGUGUUCGUCGCCGAGCCUCACGGUGCAAAUGUCGCGAGAGCGGCGGCGGCGGUGGUGGUGGGCCGCCCUGCCUCUGGCCGUGCUGAGCCUGGCCGCGGCUUCCCUCCAGGGGCCUCGGGGCGCCGGAGCUCCCUGCGAAGUGUGUCAAGAUUUUUUGGGCAGAUUUUACAGUUAUCUAAAAGAAAAGAAUUCUGAUUUCUCUGUAACGUCUAUAGAGAACGAACUAGUCAAAAGUUGUAUGGAUGCAAAAGGAAAAGAAAACCGCUUGUGCUAUUACAUCGGAGCCACUAGUGAUGCUGCCACAAAGAUAAUCAGUGAAGUGAGCCACCCAAUGAGCGCUCAUAUACCUGUGCCUAAAAUAUGUGAGAAGCUGAAGAAAAUAGACCUUCAGAUCUGUGAGCUCAAAUUUGAAAGAAACCUUGACUUGACAUCAGUGGACCUCUCAAAGAUGAGAGUGGCAGAGCUGAAGAAGAUCCUGGAUAGCUGGGGAGAAGUGUGCCGAGCAUGCAUAGAAAAAACAGACUUGGUGAACUUGAUUAAAGAGCUGGCCCCAAAACACACAGCUCCGACUUCUAGAACUGACCUCUGAUGGCAUCUGAAUCAAAGCACUUGCCUACUUCGUGCAUUUAAUUAAUAUAUUUAUUGUGGCGCGGCAGGGAGUUCAGAACGCAGUGGGGUGGUCUAGUGUCAUCUGGAUGGUCCAGGAAAACAGAUCAUGGCAAAUGCAGAUUGAACUGCUAGUAAGAUUCUACAAAUGAUAUGAAACAAAACUGUAAAUUGAAUUGUCUCCUUGGUGUAAAGGAACAUUUGGUGUCUGUCUGGUUUCAUGGAUUAUUUUCUAAAUAAAACGAUUUAUUUAAAAAAUCUG